GUAAUUUUGUGUAGAUGGCGCUUGCAAAUCAUAACCUAAAAUAAAAAUAGUUAUAAUGGAAAAUAAUCCUCAAGACUCUGAAAUACAAUCACUUCCACCCCCGACCAAGCAUAAUCAGCAACAAUAUCGAUUCACACCAGAGGAGCUUCGUGUUCUGAAAGAGUGCAACCGGGAGAGCUUCUACCAGCGAAGCCUGCCGCUGUGCGCAUUAUUAAGCGGCGGUAUUUACUACGGUGUCAAAACAGGCCUCCUUAAGGGACAUCCGAGAUAUGGCGCGACACCGAAAAUCAUCGCGGCCGUUGCGAUUGGAUACUUCGCCGGAAAGUUCUCGUAUCAACGCCGAUGUGCCGAAAAACUAAUGCAAUUGCCGAACAGUCCGAUCGCGGAAAUGCUACGGCAGAGACGAAGAGGCCACGUUCAAGAAACUGUAGAGCCCGGAUACGGGCCGGCCAUGUCGAUGGGGCCAUUUAGUGGUUUCGGCUCGUCCUAUAGCGACCUCAACCCUGAGAGGAAUAUAGAUAUUGAUACGAAUCGACCAGAUGUCGACGGUUUGAAUGACUCAUUUCGACCAUCGCUCGAUAAUCAGGUUUAUGAGGAGGAGGAAAUGCCGCCUAUGCAGAAGCACACGACUACUUACGACGAAUUGAGAAAACGUAAUAGGGAGGAGUAUCAACAGGCACGGAUGCCUAACAUUAGACCAUCGGAGAGCCCUCAUCGGAUGGCUCCCUCGCCUCCUAGAAGUGACGGUCAUACAAGUAGGACUAAUAAAUAUGGUGAUACCAUGGAAUAGAAAUUGAUAAACAUUUUAGUCUUGUUGGAUGUUUUUUUUCUUUGGCUUAUUAUUUUGUUUGCCUACAAUUGUUUUAAAUAAAGAAUGUAUGGAAAUAAG